AUGAGCAAGCUUUUGACACUGACAAUUGACGUGGGCAAUGGGACAUUAAUAAGAGACGUGCAACUGUGGGACAUGGACGGGGAAGAACAGCGCAACGGUAAGACGUAUCAGUGCAAAGUAAUGGGUACUAUUGAUAUGAAAAGAUUGCCUUUAUGGGUCCGGAAAGGCAAAGAGUAUACCUGUUUUAGCCACAGUAACUCUACGGGGUCGUAUUUCAGGUCUAGGCUAGCCAAACGGCGACAUGCGGACCGGGCCGUCGUAUUGGAAUUGCCAAAUGAAGCACUCGGCCACGAACUCGCGGUGCUUUACCGCACCAUUAGCCAUGGGCUGCUCAGUGUCAAGUGUUCAGCAUUGGAUUUUUCGAUGCGACAAGUUCUGGACCGCCAAUUGCACGACGCCUGGGAGGUGUCUACGGAGGGUCCCAGGGACAGGUCAAUCGAUGCGAUUGUAGCAAGAAAACAGCGUCAGCGUACUGCGAGCACCAUACGCGUGUCUACAAGCAUGCGUGUGGCCGAAUACAAGCGCCAGUUUUCAGCCAGGCUUUCGGGCUGUAUUUUGGGUGCGCUACGACUACGUGGACUAGAAAAGGAGCCGGAGUUUCAUCAGAUUUACAAGAUGACGUUCGCGAGCGCGGAGUUUGCGUUUCGCCGAGAACUGUCUGAAUCGCGAGAUCCUGUUGCCUUUGAAACCAUCCAGGAAACUGUUGAAACGUUAAUGAAAUUAUUUACGAAGUCAUGA